UUCAAAAACAUUAGAAACUUGAGUAACGAAAGCAUUAAAGAAACGUGUUUGAUAUUGUUCACAUUAGAUUAUCCCUUUUUUGAAAAUUGUAAACAUCAAUCAACUAUUUAAAAACAAACAAUUGCGUCUUUUUUUCUAUCCAACUAAAAGAAAGAUAUAAGCAACCUUUCAUCAUGGGUAUGGCACAAAAACGUAAAAAAAUGCAUUCUGGAGAUACUCAUUUGCGGCGUCGCUGGCGUACACGUAAUCGUAAACGUGAUUUAGAUGAGAUUGAUAAUGAUUUACGUACAAAAUCCAGAGAAUUAAUAAAUCAGCCCGUAGAUUUAGAUAAACCUGGUUUUGCUCAAUUCUAUUGUGUACACUGCGCUAAAUACUUUAUAAAUGAUACCGCCUUGCAGUCCCACUUCCGUACCAAAGUACAUAAGCGACGUUUGAAAGCAUUGGAAACAGAACCUUACAGCUUGGAGGAAUCAGAACGUGCAGCCGGUCAUGGUAGCUACAUAAAACCAAAGACACGCCAAAUGGAAACACAACCAAGUAAAGAAGAUACUAAAGCUGGUAAACUAAUUAAACCGGAAGAAAGCUCGAUUGAUAAUAAAAAAUCAUCAAGUGCCCAAAAGAUGGAAACAUAACUAUAAAAUUUGAACUAUUCUCUGUAACUUAAAUAAAUGAAUUUGGCUAUCCUUGUUUACAUUUCAAACUUCCUAAAAGAUGGUGUAGUAUAGUUAUGAUAUUAAUUUAUGACUUUUUGGGAACACUUACAGAUGCACAUUAUAAUUCGUACGUAGGAGAAAUAUUCACCACCGCGAAACUCUCAGCUCAUAACAUUGGCCUAUUAACCUAUCAUUCCAUCAUCAGUUUUCAAAUAUCAAAAAAGCUGAAGUCUAUAUUGUUAUUGUUGAUCAAAUCGCACUGACCAAUUUGCAUCUCUUCUUUUUAAAAAUCUGCUUAGCUCUCAGCUACCAAUCGUAAAUAUAUGAAAGUAAAAAGAAAUAGCAGUACAAUACCAACCAUACUCAUAAAAGAAAAUGAAUUCUUAUCUAGGAUAAAAGAAAAAAAAACAAGUUGUACGUAAUUAAAAUCACAACGGACCAAUUUGAAGUUGAAUACACAUGCAUAAAAGAGGAAAGUAACAAGUAAAACCAAAAAGCAG